ACCCGAUAGGGUGCCAUCCUAAACUCUUCGAAUCGUUUAUCCUUCCUGCUUCUUCUCCGGCGGCGGGGCGGCGGCUGUUGAUCGAUCGAAUAUGAGAUUGUUCAUUGGUUUUUGUUUUUUCUCAAACUCUGCUUAGAUCUUCUGUUUGCUUCCUUCUAUCUGCUCAUUGCACUGGCUUUCAUUCUUAAGGUUUGCAGCUUUCGUUGAACCUUGGGUGAAGUUGGAUCCCAACUCUGUGUGAAUUGUGGGGCAGCUGAGUGUUGAGAGAAAGAGAGAAAGAAAGAGAAAGAUGAGCAUUGGUGGAGCUCUGCGGAACAUCAUACGUCCAUUAUCAGCUCUUCGGUUAAGGCCACUUCCGCUCCCAUCUCCACAUGGGAUUCCUUCUCCCAUGACUAUUGGCCCUUCUAGUACCAUGCUUGUCAAUUGCUUUGGUAGCACCAUUAGGAAAUCUAUAAUGUCUUCCUUCUUUUCCACAUACUCCCCUGCAUCGAGUUUCAGUGACUUAAUGGACACCCGGUACUUGAAGAGAAGGCCUGGGUUCAAACCUCGAAGGAAAAGAGCAAGCCUCAGACCUCCAGGGCCUUAUGCUUGGGUUCAGUAUGUGCCUGGAGAACCAAUUCCUAGAAGUCGGCCCAAUGAAGGAAGUGACAAGGCCAGGGGAAGGAAGCGACUGAAACGCAUCAAACAAAGAAAGGCUUUCAUAUUGUCUGAAAAGAAGAAACGCAAAGCUCAGUACGCAGAAUUCAGAAAGAAGAGAGACGCGGAGAGAAUUGAGAGGAAGAUGGCUGCGGUGGCUCGGGAAAAAGCUUGGGCUGAAAGGUUGAUCGAAUUACAACAGCAAGAAGCAGCUAAGAAGGCGGCAAUGGCCUGAAACUAUUUCUGAAACUAAACUAGCAGGCUUUCUUAAUAAUUUUUCAUGUCAUGUAACUUCAUCAAAUCAGAAUACAUUCAUGAAUGAUUCAUGUGACAGAGUAUGUACUCCCCAUCAACCUUUUCAACUUUAUGCAAAAAUAUCGAAUGAGAAAUUUAUUUCACCAUUUUA